GAUCAUGAUCUAGGAUUAUUACAUUAUCAGAACAAAUGGAUGAGUAUUUUACUUGAGAAAGAAUACUUGACUGAACUGAGAAUAUUUGAUUUUGAAAUGUACCCAGAAUUUUGGAGAAUAAUACCAGAGGAGGGUUUGGAUUUUGAAACAACUCAAAGUUAUUAUGAUGGAUUCUUUCCAUCCAAAUCAUAUGGUUGCAUGCCAAAAUGGACACAUCCAGGAUGUAUUGCACCAAAAGGAAGUAAACAGUAG